AUGGCCUCUCAAGAAUCUCAGGGACAAGCCAACCCAAUCUUUAAGGAUUACCUCCCUGGUUCUUCUGACCUUCUUGAACAGAAUAAGCCUGUUGAACCAAGUCUCUGGAAGCAAACAUCACACACUCAUAACUUGCCACCUGGUCUGGAGUACCUGAACCAGCUGGACCGGAUAAUUAUUCAUCAGCAAGUGGAGCUUCUUGAAGCCAUACUUGGCACAGAGACCUCCAGCAAAUAUGAGAUAAAAAACCAUUUGGGACAAAGAGUUUACUUUGCAGUAGAAGAAAACGAUUGCUUUGAUCGUAACUUGUGUUCGCCUAUAAGGUCUUUCACCAUAAGGAUUGCUGAUAACACGGGCCGAGAAGUGAUUACAGUGAACAGACCCUUGAGAUGCAACAGCUGCUGGUUCCCCUGCUUCCUGCAAGAGUUAGAAGUUCAGUCCCCACCAGGUACAAUAGCUGGGUAUGUUGUCCAGAACUGGGACCCCUUUCUGCCAAAGUUUACUAUACAGAAUGAAAGUAAAGAAGAUAUACUAAAAAUAAUUGGCCCAUAUGCAACUUGUGGCUGGUUUGGAGAUGUUGACUUUGAGGUAAAAGCUCUCAAUGAGAUGUCAACGAUUGGCAAAAUUUCCAAGUACUGGUCUGGAUUUGUAAACAAUGUCUUUACCAACACUGCCAACUUCGGGAUCCAGGUCCCUGUAGAUCUUGAUGUGAGAAUCAAGGCAGUAAUGAUUGGUGCUUGUUUCCUCAUUGACUUAAUGUUCUUUGAAAACUCUUUGGAUGGAUUAUAA